AUGCCAGCUGAAAUUCUUAGUGGCCGUGGUCUCUCUGCCGUGAUGCUUGAGCGGAUUAAAUCUGAGAUUUCGUUAUUAAGACGUCCUCCAUCACUUGCGGUUGUGAUGAUUGGGGACCGACAAGAUUCACAGCGGUAUGUUGCCAUGAAGCGACGGGCCGCAGAGCGCUGCGGUAUUUCUUUUCAUUUACACCAACUUCCCGCAUCUGUGCAGCAACAGCAACUUCACCGUGAACUGCAGUGGAUUUGCCGCGAUGAGUCCAUUGAUGGAGUACUGCUGCAAUUGCCACUACCAUCGCAUCUCCGUGUGCGGCCGGCGUUAUUGUGUAUUCAUCCACAGAAAGACGUGGAUGGACUUCACCCACUUAAUGCGGGGAAUCUCUUUCUACACGAAAACCCAAUCUACGCUGGUGUCCUUCAACGUAAUUUCUCUAUAGCCAAGGCAGAGACUUUGGUCUCGCGCCAUCUAGUGGAGGGAAAAUACUUUGUGCCUUGUACGGCAAUGGCAGUACGUGCCUUGUUAUUUUCAUAUCUUAACAAGACAACUAUAUCGACAGAAGAAGAAACAAUAACAGUAGAACCAGAACAACAAUCACCUGCUGCACAACAACGAAAUCUGCAUGCUGUGAUUAUGAAUAAAAGUAUGGUAGUUGGUGUACCUACAGCAGCUUUACUACAAAGAGAACAAAAUAUUAUGGUAACUCUUUGUAAUCGAAGUAAUGAUCUUGAUGCAGUGAGGGAAGUGAGUCGACAUGCAGAUGUUCUCGUGACUGCACUUGGCAUUCCACGAGUUGUAACGGCAGAUUUUAUAAAACCAGGUGCUAUAGUAAUUGAUGUUGCGAUAAACGAGGAUAAUAGUAGCAAUGUUAGUAACAAUGAUACUCUUGAUAAACCUCGACGUCUCUGCGGUGAUGUGGAUAUGAUUUCGGUUAGAGAAAAAGCGGCGGCAGUGACACCUGUGCCGGGCGGUGUCGGUCCGUUAACUGUAGCGUACUUAAUGCAGAAUACACUUAAGGCGUAUUACUUUUCACAACAAAAUAUUAGUGUCUUUUCAUCCCUUCUUUCUAUGCACAGAGGAGGAGAAGGAAAAGGAAAAGGAGGAAAUGUUGCUAUUGCUACUGGUGAGGCAUCUAGAUCUUCUUCCUCUGUGUUGAAAGGGGAUGAACAUGAUGGGGGAAGUAGUACCAAUGAUAACAGUAAUAACUCUAGUGAGGAUCAUGAUGAAGGUAGUGAUAGCAGUUUUGGUGUUUGCUAA